AUGGUGGAGAAACUGUCACGAUGGAAAAUAGAAUACGAUUUGAAGCGCCUUUCUAAGCCCGUCGAUCGAACUGAGUACGAUUUCAAUGCUGCAGUUGUCAACGCCUACUACGACUCCACCUCGAACUCGAUAAAAUUUCCUGCCGCUUUUCUUCAAGCGCCUUUCUUUCAUCAUUCCUUUCCAAGAGCGCUCAACUACGGAGGACUUGGAGCUACGAUAGGGCACGAAAUCACUCACGGAUUUGAUAACGGAGGUAUUGGUGUCCGUUUCUUCUGCAUUACUGAUUUUACCCUUGAAUGCAUGCAGCUGGUCACUUCCCAUUGA